GUAUAAAGUAAGAAGGAUUUUAUUCUACUAUGAUUAAUUUGUAAUUUAUUGUUAAUCUCUACAGAUAAAAGCGGGAAGAAACUCUGGUGUCCUUCCUGUAUAAGGGUCAUUUUAUCCCUCCUUUUGGGAUUGAAAAUCAUCAUCAGCUGCAUUUUUGGAGUGCUGGUUUAUAAAGGCCAGUCUUUGGGAAAUGAGAAGAACAACCAGCUAAGGAUGAACCUCACCCAGUCAUCUCCACAUCAGCUCUGUGAUGGGAAGAUCAGGAUGAUGGAAAUAAAGAAGCAGCUCUGUGUGGCCACCAGUGAGGAAUCUGAAGGAUGUACACUUUGUCCCAAUGGCUGGUUGCGGAACAGAGAGAACUGUUAUAACAUUUCAUCUGGUGGAGAAUACAGAACAUGGGAUGAGAGUCGGGAAGUGUGUGAAGAGAUGGGGGCCCAUCUACUGGUCAUAGAGGACCGGGAACAGGAGGAGUUUAUCAGAAGAUCCAGCAAAGGACCAUCAUAUCAAGUGUUCUGGAUCGGUCUGUACAGAGAUGGAGAUGGAUGGAGAUGGGUGGACGGUCGGCACUAUGAUACCGGCCUAUUUCAGCUAUCAGAAUCUUCAGGAAACUGUACAUGGUUGGAAGCAGGUGCUGGAUAUAAUAAGGAUCACUGUCAAACAAAACACAACUGGAUUUGCCAGAAGAGAGCCCUGAAGAUCUGACAGUUACUUUACAACAUACUGACACUGUUCAGACAAUGCAAAGUAUU